AUGGAACCACGAGUUGAGAAGACAAAUGGGUAUCAUCCCAGAAACAAAACCCACCUCUUCCUCCGCGGUUUCUUUAUAUUUGGAUUUAUUUUUACAAUCAUCAUCCUCAUAUCAAACCAGCCUUUAAGAUCAGAAGUCAAGUCCCUUCGUACAUCUUUAUCGCUGUGCCCAGCGGUCGAUACCGUUACGACAGACUUCCAAGAAGACAAACGGUUUCAGACCUUCAAUUCUACGGCAGACAAACUAUGGCAAGAUACAGUCACUCCGAACGGCGGCUUUGUCAUCGACGAAAGCCGAACAGGGAGUCAAGUAAAUGGAAUCGCCAUGUUCCAUCAGCUUCAUUGUCUCGCUAUGGUACGAUCUGGGUUUCAAGCACUUUUCGCUAGAAAUGAGAGAAGGAGCAACGGGCAUACACAUAUGCCGCAUGAUUUUGACGAAGCUCAUAUACUACACUGCUUGGAUUACUUUAGACAGGUUGGAUUCCUUUCGCGUGUCUAUCAAAGCCAGAAUGCUAACGUAGCACAGUCAUUUCUCUGCUACGCGGAUGGUGCCAUCGAGCCUACCAAGCCAAGCAUAGAUGGAGGAUGUCCAACAACGAAUGGUAUGGUUCCACAUGUUUGCAAAGACCCGCUGGUUUUGUAUCAAAAGUCGCUUGCAUCUCAUUGGUCGGAGGAACACUUAAAAGCUGCUAAAUUACAAAGUCGCGCGAGUCGCAAAAAUGUCAAAAAGGACUAA